AUGACAGUCACCAAUAAUACGACUUCAUUAUCUGCAGGGAACAUCCCUUCCAGUACAGAGGGAAUUCUACUAUUAAGCACUUUCGUUUUGGAAGCUGUGUUAAUUGUCGUAGGAAACUCACUAACAAUUGUUUUCUUCGCAUUUGACAGGAAAACUCGCAAGAAAAGCUUGUUUCUUGUUAUAAACAUGGCCUUUGCUGAUGUUGUAUUAGGAGCACUUUGCCUUCCUUUGUACCUCUAUGUAUGGGUUGGACCCUCAUAUCAGCUAUGGCAUGUUGCACAUGAAAUACAAGCACCUUUGCUUACCUUUUGGGAUGUCAGUGAUACCAUUUUUUCACAGGCUUCAUUAAUUUCUGCAGUUUUCAUAUCAUGUGAGCGAUUUUUCGCCGUCUACUGGCCUCUAAGACAACGAACACUUUCGAUGCGGGCGUAUCGCAUUGUCAUCGCUAUGGUCUGGUCUUUAGCUGUUCUUGUCUACAUAGUUCACUACCUUGUUAGCCACCUCAAAAACAUCAGAGCAGCUGUUUUUUCCUGGAUGGUAUUUCCUUUGAUUUUCCUCUUCGUUGUUUGCGGCUGCAACUUUAGCAUUUGGAGAAAGUUCAAGCAAAGAAACAUCGCUUCACAACAGCAAAACAGAGCCUCGCAAAACAAACGCUUGACAAAUACCUUACUCUUUGUUUCUGCCAUUGCAGUUCUGUCCUGGCUUCCUUUGGUCAUCGCCAACUAUUUAAUUUUUGUCCAUGAAGCUGAUAUCUCUCGGAACGUUUUGUUUUAUUAUAUUAUUAACGUUAUUAAUUUUUCAAACUCCAUCUUAAAUCCAGUCGUCUACGUAUUACGGAUCCCUGUGUUUAGGCAAUGGCUGAGUUUGCGCUUUUUAAGACGCCAUACUGUCAUAAACGACGGAGUUGAAGAAAGAGAUGACAGAACGCGUGCCGCCACUUUGACGUCGAUAGUUGAACUACGAAAACUAACAAAAGACGGCGGUCGUAAGGAGGAAUGGUCCGAACAGGAAAUUGUGAGCACCAACUUGUGA